GGUGGUUAAGAGCCUGCGCGCCUUCUCCACCGCCGUGAGCCCGGCCACCACGCUGCGAGACCCAGUCCGCGUACAACAGGAAGAAUAUCCAGAAGUGAAAGGCAACUGAGAAGAAAGGCACUACCUCCUAGGACUGAGAAAAUGUCUGUUGACCAGGACUGGCCUAGUGUUUACCCUGUGGCAGCGCCAUUUAAACCCUCUGUGGUGCCUCUACCUGUUCGAAUGGGUUAUCCAGUAAAAAAGGGUGUGCCCAUGGCAAAGGAGGGAAAUCUAGAACUUUUAAAGAUCCCCAAUUUUCUGCAUUUGACUCCUGUAGCAGUUAAAAAGCACUGUGAAGCUCUUAAAGAUUUUUGCACUCAGUGGCCAGCUGGACUUAGCAGUGAUGAGAAAUGUGACAAGCGUUUUCCAAUUGAAAUCGACACAGCUGAUUAUGUCUCAUCAGGACCAUCUAUUCGAAACCCCAAAGCUCGAGUAGUAACCCUGAGGGUUAAACUCUCCAGUUUGAAUUUAGAUGAUCAUGCAAAGAAGAAAUUUAUUAAACUUGUAGGAGAACGAUACUGCAAGACCACAGAUGUACUUACCAUCAAAACAGAUAGGUGCCCUUUAAAGAGGCAGAAUUACAAUUAUGCAAUGUAUCUACUAACAGUUCUGUACCAUGAGUCUUGGAAAACUGAAGAAUGGGAAAAAAGAAAGACCAAAGCAGACAUGGAAGAGUAUGUGUGGAAAAAUAGCUCCUCAGAAAAAAGUAUCUUGGAAACACUUCUUCAAAUUAAAGCUGCUGAGAAAAAUUUGGAAGUAAAUAAAGAAGAGCUCCUUGGUACUGAAGAAGUUGAAGAUUACCAAAAGUGUGUUGUUAGUCUUAAAAAUGAAGGGGAAAAUGAAAUUAACCUUUCUCAGUACAAAGAAUCGGUGAAGAGACUGUUGAAUUUGACAUGAAUUUUGAAGUACAAAAAUCUGCUCUGGCUUACUAAUUUUAUGAUGCAUGUAAGCAAUAUCUAAUUUCACAUAGAAGUGAAAAUGUUUUAAAACCAUCACUUCAUGUCAUUAAAAUAAUCUUUCUUACUAAUGCACAGUGACAGUGAUUAUUUUAGAGUUUUUAGUUUAUACACCAGAACAGUUAAUUAGAAGAUCACUGAUUGCUUAGACUCUAAGGUGUUAUUUUUUCUAUAUAACUUUAAUAUUCAUAUUUUAUAUAUAUUUGAUUGCUUGUCACUGCCAUAUUUAUUUCCUCCCAGAUUGGCAUUUAGUGCUUGUUCUUGAACACUUCAGUUAUUUGGAAAGCCAGGCCCAGAACCCAGCUCCCUGACUUGCAUUUCAGCGCUUUGUUGACUUGUUUCCAGUUCUGGGCUGAAUCAGGUCCUCAGGGAUAUUUUCUAAUCUAAAAACUUGUUCCUUCCCUUCCUCCCUUAUAGGGGCACUUUAUGUUGAUUUAGCUCUGCUUAGCAUCCUGCUUUCUAUGUUUUAGAGCUCAUUUUGCAAACCCAGGCUGGAGGAAAAGUACAAGUAGAUACUACCUGGUGUUCACCCCUCUCGAUGCCCCAGGUAGAGCUCAGGAAAGAGUGCAGUGUGAAGACCUUCAGUUUAAUUGGAGUAAAUGACAAAGUGAAAACUGUCCUAAGAAGCAUGCCAUUGAGUUUGAGUUUAGCUGUUAAAACUUUUUUUUUUUUUCUAGUGCUGGGAAUUGAACACAUGGCCUCUUGCUUACUUGGUGCAAACUGUGUUCUUGGGGCUAGAUUCCUAGCCCAAGGCAGUCAUUUUAAGUAUAUUUGCAAGUCAUUUCUUAACACUUCCCAAGUUGUUGACAGGUGGUUCAUUUACAGUCACAACAAAGGAAUUAUUAAGAGGUCACUUGCUAAUAGACAUAUUUUGCCUAACAGAAUUAGAGAAUAUAAAUGAAAGUAAAAAACUAUCUCACAUCUGUUAUCUAAAGCAUUUGUAUAAAAUGAAGUUUAAUUUGGUAUUAGCAAGGACAAAGUCCUCAGGUUAUAAAAGACAAAAAUGUGGCUUUGAAUAUAAAAGAGAAAAGGGAGUAUGUUGUGUUCCACUGGAUGCAGAUAGUGAAUAAAAAGCAAACAGGUAAAAAUGACUUCUGGUCAUGUUUAGAGCAUUUAGGAAGUAUGUUAGUACAGUUGCAGUGCAAGUGAAUAAUCCCAGCACUCGGGAGGAUUCUGAGUUUGUGGCCAGACUGAGCUAAAUAGGAAGAACCUGGUUUUUUCUUAAAUUAAAAUGUGGAGUGAAGGAAAAUAGAUACAAAAUGGGGUUGAAGAAGGGAACAUUUUGAAAACACUGGAAGCUGAGGGGAGACCAUUUGGGUUAAGGGCGGUCUGUUGUGUACUAACAGUGCAGGUAAAAACAGAGGGUAUAGUGUGUAAAAUGUCCAUCCUUGCCCAGAAACCAGUCUGGCCUUUAUGCUCAGCCUCUGAGAGGCAAUCUAUAUAAUGCCUGAUAGGAGGGUCUUUGUGUAGGGUGGGAGCCAGUGCAAAAAGAUUUGAGGGUAGACCCAGCCAUGCCAGAAAAACCAACUAUAUGAUUCAGGGUGGGGGCUUUGGGUCACAUGGUAUCAGUCCACCUGGCAGCUGGGAUCAAGUACCCAGGCAAUCAGUGAGUCAGUCAUUCCUGUGUGAUGGAGCCCCAGUAAAAACUUUGGACUUUCAGACUCAGACAAGCUUCUCUAGUUAGUAAGACCGUGCAGUUAUCACAUAAUGAUACCAGACAGUAGUGUCCUGACUUUGUAGCAGGGAGGAGGACCACAAAAGAAACAGGCCUGUGUUCUGAUAAAGUAGCAGGGGGAAGGGAUGGCAUAGCAGAGAGAUAAAACCUAAAGAAUCCAAAUGUGAAGAAAGUCACGUAGGACUAGGGGUAGAGGGGCACUUAGCACUAGGGUGAAGCAGCCUAUAGAACUGCAUAUAACCAUAUAUGUGUUAAACCGUGUUUGUUUCUUUUUUAUUUUAUUACCUCUAUAAUCUGCUUGCAAGGGUACAUAAGGUGAGACCCCUUUGUUCUUGGGGCUUAGCCUUUGGAAACAAGUUGCUGACUCUGUGCCAGCACAAUAAAGUGUUGCUUACUUGCCUCAGAGUCCCAUGUCUCUGUUUGAGUUUCCUAUAACAACUCCAGAGAGGACCCCAGAGGCUAAGCAUCUGAAACCUUCCUGGACUUUAAUUUAUUUGCCUUUUCCCUUGGAUGUACCUUUUCUUUGUAAUAAACUGUAACUGUGCAAAUAGUAGUUUUCAUUGAGUUCUGUGAGUUCAUACAGUGAAUUAUCUAACCUGGAGAUGGUAUGCAAACAUUCCCAAUUUACACACGGUGUCAGAAAUAAGGACAGUCUUGUAGGAAAACUGUGCCACCUUUGCUUCAGCAGCUUAGCCAAUUCCAAGAAAUUGCUUGAAAACUUAGA